AUGAGUUCUUCAUCAAGCUCUCGCGAACCUUCACCAUCUAUGAAACAAACUUUACCAAACGAUUAUGGAGCACCUAUUGAAUAUUUCUUACGAGCUGCACAAUGGCAAAGAGCAGUCUCACCAAGGUUAGGUGUUCCACCAGCUCCUGUCAAAAAUAGCAUUUGGUCAAGUCCUUAUAUAAGAUAUGGUCUCCCACUAGGUUUGCUAGCUACAGCAGUAGCAGUUAUGAUGUUGAAAAGAAAUAAGGCAAAUGUUGUAAAUAAUACUGAAGUAGCUGAAGUUAAACAAACUCCGACACCAUCGCCAAAACCAACGCCUUCACAAACAACACCUUCAAUGACUCCUGAACCUAUGGAAGUACAAACUCCUGUUCAAAAGUCAACUCCUAAACCGACUCCAACAUUUAAACCAGAACCUACUCCUCAAAUAAAUCGUAAAACUCCUGCGUUUCCUUACUGA